UCAAAUUCUCUUCAUUGUAGGUUGACCUGAAGGCAUAAUCUUUUGAAAAAAUUACCAUUUAAAUUACCACACUUUGAGGAGCGAAUUUUGUCAAAUGUGACUUGAGGGGAUACUAAUUUUGAAAAUGUCAUUUAUUGGUGCAAUAAAUUUAAAUGGGCAAAAUUGUUUAAUAGUAAAUGGAAGAAUUUAAAAAUGAAUGAGAGAAUGGAAUUAAAUGAUAAUAGCGGUAGGGUUAAUUCAUUUGCUUUCUUCAGAUAGUAAAUCCAUAGUAUCAAUUAGUGAAGACAAUUUCAUUCGUUUGUGGGAUAUUAAGACAGGAAGAAUUAAGUCUAAAUAUAAAACCAACAAGGAUGUAAAAUAAAUUUGCUUCUCAUCUAAUGGUACUACAAUAGCUAAAUAGAGUGGUAAGUUUUUGUGUUUAUGGAAUCUAAAAACAGGGAAACAAAUGUCGGGACUUCUAGGUCAUACUAAUUAGAUUUGUUCAGUUGCUUCUGUUUUGAUGGAGCUACAUUGGAAUCAGCUUCUUAUUUUUAUUUUACUUUUAUUAGCAAUUAUAUUAUAAUUAGAAAAGAAUUAAAAAUAAAAAACUCCAGAUUAAAAGAAAAUUGACUUUUUGUGAUA